AUGAGCCGAGCACCACUGCGAAAUCUAAAUGCCGAUCCAAGUGGUACACAUCCCCUACACGCCGUGACUUCCACGUCGACCUCCUCAUCCGUGAACCUCACCAUGCGGCCAAAAUUGCACAACAGCCACAGUUCCCCUUUCCCCACACAUGACCAUCUCUCGUCCUCCUCCGCUCAUCCCAUUCUUCUCAAGGCUGACAAAAAGGUCAUCGAUUCGGUCAACAAGCGGAUCGAUAAACUUGUCCACCUGUGCCAACAUCCACGCAUUCAACUCCGGAACAGCCCUCCCUACCUCCUCGAUAUUCUUCCGGACAUAUCGGAAAAGUUGAAGGCCAUUGUGAACAACUAUCAAGGAGCACUCGAGGAGUUGUUCAACACCCUCUACUUCCAAGUGUUUUUGCGGAACCUCAUUGAGAAAUGCAAGCUAACCUCGAGAUUGUUCAAAGAGGCAAAAGAGCUGAUGUAUGAUGAGCGGUCAGAGUAUCGCCGAAGACUAAUCAAAUACUCACUUGUUUUCUCUCACAUCCUAAAGGACCUCGAGGCCCUUUAUCCUAACAACCACUUUUCCCCCGCGUCCUUUAGAAUAACCAAGAAAGAAGCAGCUGAAUGGUGGUACAAAAACUUUGACAGGUCUCCAAUAAUUCCUUGGGAGAUGUUCCGAGAGGCCUUGUUCCAGUCUUUUGAGGUGACCGACCCCAGCCACAUGCGUGAACUUCAAAGUACCAUUGACCUCACUUGUAACGAUUUCGUUUCCGUUUUCGAGUUCGACGUGUUUGUGAGGCUCUUCCAGCCAUGGAAUAACGUUAUUGAGACUUGGAAGGCGCUGGCCAUAAUGCAUGCUGGUUACAUGGCCUUUAUGACUUAUGACGAAGUCAAGGCUGUAUUGAAGAAGUUCAGAAGUCACCCAGGCCCAGGAAGCUAUGUCUAUCGACUUUCUUGCACCAAAUUGGGUCAAUGGGCAAUUGGUUACAUAACCCAUGAUCUCCAUAUUUUGCAAACGAUUAUUCAAAAUAAAUCACUUGCCCAGGCCCUCAUAGAUGGAGAGCGAGACGGCUUCUAUCUAUAUCCUAACGGAACUCCGAGCCAAUCAUCUAUUCUAAUGCCUCUCGUUCGGAAUCUUCCUCGAGCUCAUGUCAAGGUCUCGCAAGAGCAACACGACCUCUACUAUCUGAUAGGAUCUACUUUCGAACUGUGCAAAAUAUGUACAGAGAACAACAAGAAUGUUCGCCUAGAACCAUGCAAUCAUUUGUUAUGCAAAAGUUGCUUACAUAAUUGCCUUGGGGCUGCAAACGGCCAGAAGUGUCCGUUUUGUCGAAUGGAGGUUAAGUCCAUCGAAGACAUCGUUCUUGACCCCUUUGUUUCCCCUCAUAAUUCUAUCGACGAAGACAACGAUGUCGAGCAUACCGUCUUCCCGAUAUCGGAAGGUGGAGAGGAAGCUGGAGAGGUGGAUGAGGAGCCACACUUUCAGGAUAGGGCUAUAGAAACAGUUCCAGCUCCUGGAGCUUAUGCAUCAACUUCCACUGGUGUAAAUCUCGAUACGUCAUCCACUGGAACUGCAGCUAGCGAGGAAGAUGUGGUCGCUUCUUCAAGGAGGCGAAGAAACCCAUCAUCUUGCUGCUCUCGUAUUACAGAUCCCGAUUUACAAACUCGGGAAGGCCAAAGUGCUAUAACCAUGGACCCGGUCGCCUUCAUGCAGAGGAGUGAUGUUGCUCAAGUUCUUGGGGGCCCGCCCUUGACCACAGAUGUGGCCAAGCAGCUGCUUGAAACCUGUGAUGGAAAUGCGGAUAUAGCUGCCCGACUUGAUCGCACCGUGCGACCGUGGUCGAGUCCGUGCCGCGCUCGUGGCCUGUUUGUCGUUGCAGGAAGCGAGGCUGUCGGGCACCGUGCGGGGCGGCGCGGCGAUCCCGACUUGCGCGCGCGCACACCGCCCGAGCUAUUGGGGUGCCGCAGCACCUCGGCUAUCGAUUCGGCUGUCUUGCAGCGCCUCGCGCUUUCUGCCGUGGUUGCGCCCGCUAUCCGGGACGUAGACUAG